UGUUUAGUUUCGAAUAUCGCCACAUCGGGCAACGACGUGUUAUUGUCGGCUGUGUGUUGUUGUUGUUUUUGUGUGGUACCUCAAGGUGAUUCUUGGAGGGCCCUUUUUUACCUGUGGCGACGAACCCCGCUACCUCCUCCCCUCUCCUCACCUGUGCGCAUGGUGAUCGGUAGAGCGCGCGCAGGAUAUUUGCCGUGAAUGUGCGUGUGGGUUUGCGUAGGUGGCCUACUAGGACCACGAAGCCCGAUGCAGUGGAAGCAAUAGACGUCUAACACGAGUCGUUCGCCGGGAAUCCACUGCAUCGCCUACUGUGUGUGGGUGCGAUUAAGAAGGAAAUUCGAUCGGCGUGCCGCGGCGAUUGAUUAUGCUAAUUGGAGAUUACUUAAUUUCGCUAAUUACUGCAACUUGUUUAUCCGUGGCGAAGUGUGCGAGUGAGCAUUUGUUUAUGCUUUGUUUGGGGUGAAAACAACUCGAAAAGGCCUCGCAAGUGGUGUAAAGGCUCUCAAGGUGAAGAUCGUGCCGGAGAAAGAGCUCGAGUGUUGUGUAUCAAAAGAGAAGGUGCGAAAUAAUGGUUUAAUAAAACAAAUAUGUUUAUUUAAUCAAUUAAACGAGAGAGGCAACGAGAGUGAGAGAAGAGUUUUGAAAAUCAAAUUCGGAAAACAGCAGCUGAGUGAUUGAUUUGUUUGCAAGUGUGGUUGUUGCGGCAGAGGAUCAAAUCGCGUGGCGGAAUUUUUGGAAGUGGCACAGAUUUCAACGCCAAUAACCGUGGCGAAAACUAAACACGCUGGGCUAUGAAGCAUUAUCGACACUGAUCGACAGUUUUCUGGUUUGUGUUGAAGGCGCGCGAAAUCUGCUCGACUGGAAAAAUGGUUGAGUGAAGAAUUUGAGGCACUUUUUGGUGAGGGUGAGAAAAAGUGCAGCCACGCGGAGGUGUGGAGUGUUGUUUUGUUUGUGACAAUUGAGCCGGAAAUUUAGACACGAGCGAUUGAGACGUUGAAUUGGCGGCGUGAUUAGUUCGAGACUGCUGCUGACCACGAUUGACCCAUUAUGGAUUCGUUACGAGUUACACGAGCGAUGGAUAUACCGAGAAGCGUUACAGCACCCCGACCGAUGGUGAUAGCGCUGGCCGUGCUGGCCCUGCUCGCGAGCAGUUGCUCCGCCGAUAAGACCAUGGACACCCGGGAGGGUGAGGACAUCACGCUCAAGUGUCGCUUCAACGAGCACUACUCGGACCGGGAGUACUCGUACUACUGGGCCCGCCAGAGCCUCAACAAGUACGACAACGUGGCGAUCAAGGCCGAUACCUUCAACCAGAACUACAAAAUCGACUACCGCCCGGACAAAGGCAUCUACGACCUGCAGAUCCUGAACGUUUCGUACUCCCGGGACAACGGCCGCUACGAGUGCCGCAUCAAGCUGUUCGGCGACGGCGAGGUCAUCUACGAGGACUACUACAACCUGACGGUGCUGACGCCGCCCCAACCCCCGCUCAUCUUCCCCGGCUCGGAAACCACCGCCACCGAGGACAAGGCCCAGGAGCUGACCUGCAGCAGCGUGGGCGGUUCGCCCGAUCCGAUGAUUUCUUGGUACCGCGAGGGCAGCACGACCCCGCUGGCCGCGAACCUCAUCUCCGGCGGCUCGCGAGACAUGCAAACGACGAGCACGCUGACGAUCAUCCCGCGCCGCGAGGACGACGGCGCCAAGUUCAUGUGCGUCGUGUGGAACCGUGCCCUGCCGGAAGGCCAACGGCUCGAGACGGUUACGACACUGUCCGUCAACUACUUUCCUCGUGUCGAGAUCGGUCCGGAGAACCCGCUGAGCGUGGAGCGCGACCAAACCGCCAAGCUGGAGUGCAACGUUGACGCAAAACCCAAGCCAGAACGCGUCCAGUGGACGCGCAACGGACGCUUUAUCUCGUCCCACCCCGUCCACACGAUCCACCGGGUAUCCCUGCAGGACGCCGGCAAGUACGCGUGUUCCGCCGACAACGGGCUGGGCAAGUCCGGCGAGCAGGAGAUCAUCCUGAACGUGCUGUACCCGCCGAUCGUGCACGUCGAGGCGAAGAGCAAGGAAGCCGAGGAGAAGGAAACGGUGCAGAUCAAGUGUAACGUGACGGCCAACCCGCCCCCGGUGACGAUCGAGUGGCUGAAGGAGGGCGAUCUGGAGUUCCGCAAGAAUGGAGACACGCUGACGCUGCGGGAUGUUCGCGCCGAGGAUGCCGGAACUUACGUUUGCCGAGGUAUCAACAUCAUGAAGCCGUACGGAGGUAAGACGCUGGAACGGGAGGGUAACGCCUCGAUCGCGUUGUUGGUGCGUCACAAGCCUGGUCAGUCGGUGAUCACUCCGGAGAAGCCGGUGGUUCACGUUGGGAACAGUGUGAGUUUGAUGUGCAAGGCGGAUCCUCCGGGUUGGCCGCUGGCUCAGUACCGUUGGUACCGCGAUGUUGGAGGUGAAAUGUCGCCGACGGUGAUCGCGCAGGGCGCCCAAUAUCUGAUCCCGAAGGCUGGUCUUCAGAGCGAAGGCAAGUACUACUGUCACGCUGGAAACGAUCUCGGUAACGGAGAGAUGGCCAGUGCUACGCUGGAAGUUCACCAACCACCACAGUUUCUGGCCAAGCUGCAGUCCAACAUGAUCCGACGCGCUGGAGAGGCUGACUUUACCGUGACUUGCAGUGCCAAGGGCAAGCCGGAACCGUCGAUCACCUGGUUGAAGGACGAUGUCGAGAUCAUUCCCGAUAUGCACAUGUUCGAAGUCAAGACCAACAUCGCCAAGGGACCCAACGGCAUGGUUACCGUCCAGAGCAUGCUCAAGUUCGCCGGAAAGGUCCGCCCCAACGGGAACGAUCUGAUGUCGGGUGAUCGCGGCCAGUACACCUGCCUGUACGAGAACGAGGUCAACAAGGCCAACUCUACGAUGCACCUGAAGAUCGAGCACGAACCGAUCGUUCUGCACCAGUACAACAAGGUCGCCAACGAUAUCCGGGAGGUCGCCGAAGUGGUUUGCAAGGUCCAAUCCUACCCGAAACCGGAGUUCAUGUGGCAGUUUGGAACCAACCCGACUCCGCUGCUCAACAGCGAUCACUACGAGAUCAGUUCGACUUCGGACAGCAACGACAUCUACACCAGCAUCCUGAAGAUCAGCAACCUGCGCCACCAGGACUACGGAGACUACCACUGCCGGGUGUCCAACGCCCUGAACACGAUCCACGUUCCGAUCCGUCUGCAACCCAAAGGACCCCCAGAGAAGCCCUCCAAGCUGAAGGCCGUCGAGCUGGGCUCCAACUUUAUCGUGCUCUCGUGGACUCCCGGAUUCGACGGAGGUCUCGCCAACACCAAGUACUUCGUCUCUUACCGCAAGAUCGUGAUCCCCAACGAGAGUCUGGUCACCGACGAUUGCGCAGCAGUCGCUGCAAGCGGUGCCGAAUGGAUGGAGUUCGACUGCCAGCGGGAAGUCCCCUGUACGAUCACCCCUCUCGAUCACCACCAGAGUUACGUCUUUAAGGUGAAGGCCCUCAACACCAAGGGUGUUUCCGAACACUCGAACGAGAUCAGCGCAACGACGAAGGUCGAGAAGGUCCCCGUUCCCCAGCGAGCCUCAUUUGACCCGGAAACCCGCAUCUUGGCGCUGAACAUCGCCCCGACCUGCCUGUCAAUGAUCGCGAUCGUGGAGUCAGUGAUCUACGGCGACACCCCGAUGGCCGCCUGGCACAUUAUCGAAACCGUCGAGCUGGACGUCAACGGACACGAACCGACCUACAAGGAGAGCAAGAUCGAGCACUUUGUGGCGAAUCGCCGCAACAACGGACGAUCGCUGGGAACCGGACUGGACGAGAUCCCGCUGCCGGCGCUGGAAGACGAGCUGAACCCACGCGUGCGAGUCAAGCUGUGCCUGAAGGUCAACCACGAGUACUGCGGCGAGUACAUGGAAGCUGACAUUGGUCCCUCGCUGAUCCAAGAAGCCGCCUUCGUGGAACUCCCGACGCUGAUCGCGAUCGUGGUGUCCUGCAUCGUUGCCGGUCUGUUCGCCGUGCUGCUGCUGAUGUUCUGCCGCUGCAAGCGCAAGCAGUCCAAGGAGUCGGCCAAGGCCAAGGAGUACGACAUCGACUCGAUCCACCCGUCGAUCGUGGCCCAGCAGAACCAGGCUCCACCUCCGUACUACUCUGCGAGCAGCCUCGAGAACAAAGCCCUGGAGCACUCGAUGGACCUCGCCAUGGACCAGAACCAGGCGUUGUACGCGAGCCAGCAGACCUACGGAUAUCACCAGCAGAACGCCAUGAUGCCGCAGGUUCCCCAGAACGACUGGUCCAACAUGGGCUACGUGGAGAACUCGUACUCGAACUCGAACAACGGCGGCAGCGUCAACUCGCAGGACUCGAUCUGGCAGCUCAAGAUGUCGGCGGCGGCGUCCAACUCGGCCAACAUGGUGGUACCGCAGCACAACUACAUGGACCAGCCGCUGCAGCAGAACUACGGCUACGACCCGAUGACGCACGGUGGGUACGGAGCGGUCGAUGAUUACGCCCCGUAUCCGCACCUGAUGACGACGGCGAGCCAGCACGGAGGGGACGAGUACCACCACAACAUGCGCACCAGCCAGAACCCGUCGCGCCAGGACUACUGCAGCGAUCCGUACGCGUCGGUGCACAAGCCGAAGAAGAGGAUGGACCAGCAUAUGGACUUUGUCGCCGAAUCACCCUACCACGACGUCAGCGGUCUGCCCGACCCGUACAUGGAGCAGGACGAGGUCAAGUCCCCCGGUCCGAACCAGCACCUCUCGAUGAGCUACGACGACGCGCUCGCGCUGGAGAGCGGCUACUCGACCCCCAACUCCCGGAACCGCCGCGUGAUACACGAGAUCGUCGUGUAGAGUCGCUGGAACCGGGUGGACAAUGGACAAUGCAAGAAUCCGAAAGGCUACGAGAGAAUCACACAACGAGAGGAAAACAAUGAAAAUGGGGAACAAAUCACACAAUUUUUAAGAAACGAAUAAAACACACAAAAUAGUUCAAAUUUUAUCACGAGAGAAAGAGAGAGGGCAGCUAGUUGAAAGAGACGUUAUUAUUAGAGUGGAGACAAGAGAGUUUAUGUGUUUGAAAUAAAAUAACGAUCAUCUGGACGAACGGCUUCAGCCCAAGGGCUCUGUUUGAUCUCAAAUAACUCUUUCUGAGGCAAUCGCUGGAUGGUGCGGCCAAACUGUGAUUGUAAAUAUAACCGUAAGCUAUUGAUAAGUCUAGGUCCAGUUAUUUUUUAAAAGAGGAAUUUGUUUUAUAUAGAAAAGUAUGAUCGAUUAAAAUUAUUCGUUGCUCAUGCUGCCUUAGGAUGUCUAAGGUGGCAAACCCCUCUGAAAAUCUCAAACUCACAAAUCACAAGCAAAUAUUCUCAUCGUCUGUGCGUCGAUUGGAACCGAAUGUGCCAUUACCUGACGUAAUAAUUCAGAAAAAAAUGUUUCGGAAGCGAAUCGAAAGUGCAGUUGGAAUGGCAACUCUGGAAAUUUAUGAGAUUACUCGGUGAGAAUCCAGCAAAAGAAUCGUCCAAGUCGAAUAAUUAGUUUACUGUGGAAUGAGAGAGCGAGAGCGCGAGAUUCGAAUGGUUGGAUUUAGUUAAGGUCAAAUGGUGCCAUUCACAAUUCAUUUCUACUGGCGUGCCGAAAAAGGUCACUUGAAAUGAGUUCUGAUGAAUCUUCCACCUAAAAAAAAGUGCAGAACACGAAUGCGAGACACAUGACAAUAACGUAAUUAAGCUCCUCAAAUUGCUAAAUAUUAUCUCUUUGUUUCAUAAAUACUGCCACGAAAGUCCUUUUAUUAAACUUUUCACCCGAGUCCAGCCCUGCGUUUGACAGUUCGAAACCCACCUUCAACAUUGCUCCCCUUGAUCCCAUAAAAAAAGAAUCAAAGCCAUGGUUUUCUACCUAAGGUACUCGCGAUUGAGUGUGUAGUAGUGCGGUUGUCAAAAUCGCUAUCUCUGACUCUCUCACUCCACUGACAUUGACAUUGUUUAUGUUUUGGUUUUCCUGGCACGGUCCUUGAAGCCUUGAAUCAAAGCAACCAGAGCUUGGUUUCGAUCUGUCAAACGCAAAGCUGACGCAACUGUUUUCACCACACUGAGAAAAGUUAUCACGAACGUUUGUUGACGUUGGCUGCUUGAAAAGCGGUGCGACCAGUUUUUCGUCUAACCUUUCCUCAAGUGUCUCGAAACACUCUAAACUCCUCGUACCUUUGCCGACCCAAGUUGGGCAAAGUGUGCAAAAUGUAAAAAAGUAUAUAUUUUCCCACCUCCUUCUACCUUCCAGUUUAUGUUUUCAUUUCGUGAAGCAAAAUAUCUCUUCCCUCCAUAGUUUUUAAAUUAAAACAAGUGUUUUUUUUUUAAGUUAGUAAGUCGGGCAAACCGAUAAGCGCCGACAGAGCUAGUAGCUAGGUGAGAAAUGAGUAAUUAAAAACUUGUAAAUACCGACGACGCGAAGCAAGGCAAAGCAAAACUUAAAUAUAUACAUAUUCAAAGCGUCGUUCUUUAAUGAAACUUUGCCAAACGGAAAGUGUGAGCUAAUCGUUCUCUCGUCCCUUUCCACACUGCAAGAAAUCGCCACUUUUGAAACGGGCGACAAAUAUUCACAGCAACUUUUGUUGUGUUGUGGAUGCAGUUUUGCGCAAAGUUGGCGGACGACGAAAAGUUACAACGAGAAAGCAAUUUCUUAAACAUUAACAAGAGUUUGUUAACGAAGGAAAGUUUUUUCCCGUGCUGCACACCGAAACAAAACGACACACAAAGUCGAGUCGGGCGCGACGAAAUAGCGCGAACAAACAUCUCAGUAUCAAUUAGCAGCAGCAGGAAACUCUCUAGCUCAAAUGAUCUUGGCAGAUGUAGGCAAAUUGAAGUCGCGCGGAAAAGUUUAAUUUUACAAGGAAAAAGUUUUUUUUUGUUUUGUGUAAAUAUUGACUGAAAUAAUUUUUAUUGCAACGCGCGGAUCUACUUAUUUUUUAAGUGCGAUUUGUAAGUAAUUAGCCGUUAGGGAGGAAAAACUUUUUCGAAACAAAUAAAUUUAUUUUUAAACACAAA